AUGCAUGAUCUGCUAGAGAAUGCGGGUGGCGCUGGUGCUGAGGUCCAAGGACAUUUCCAACGCGCCGUCGCUAGUAUCAUCCACACGUUGCUAUAUGGCUUUCGUGUCAAAGACUACAACGACCCGGUACUUCGCACCGUUUUUAAACUCAACGAAGAGUUUUCCGAGUUUAUCCAGGUUGGCGCACACAUUGUUGACCAGUUCCCUGUGCUUAAUAAUCUGCCGGGCUUCUUAGCCCCAUGGCAGGCAAAGGCUGAGAAUCACUACAAGACCAAGUAUGAUCUGCGUGACGAGAACUUUCGGCGGGGCCAGGAGUCGGACGCCUGGAAUAUAUCAAAGCAUCUCAAGAAGACUGUCGAAAAGGAUAACCUUGAUAUGCCCUUAAACGAGCUAGCAUUUGAGCUUGGUACUAUGAUCGACGCCGCGCUGGAUGGCACCACAGACAGCUUGAUCUGGUUUGUGGUAGCUUGCAUCACACAAGAUCAAGGCUUUGUUGCCAAGGCACGCGAGGAGCUAGAUGCCGUUGUCGGGCACGGCCGCCUCCCAGUUCCAGAUGACAAACCCAAUCUACCGUACAUCACCGCGAUUGUCGAGGAGAUAUUCCGCUGGCGACCCGCUGGUCCCGAGGGCGUCCCCCACUUGAACAGGGAGGAGACUACCUAUAAUGGAUAUACCAUUCCCAAGGGAUCUGUCAUCAUACCCAAUGUUUGGACAAUCUCCCGAGAAAAGGCCGUGUUCGGCCCGGAUCCCGAUGAUUUCAUACCGGAUCGCUGGCUCGAGGAGGACCACAAAACACUCAAAGACCUUCCCGCUGCUGCCUUCGGCUAUGGAAGACGUACCUGUCCUGGGCGGUAUUUUGCCCGCAAUGUUAUCUGGAUCGUCGUCGCACAGAUGCUAUGGUCAUUUGACAUCAAGGCUGGCCUGUCUGCGGAGACGGGCGAGCCCAUUGUCCUUGACCCACUUGCAUGCACCUACGGCCUGGUUAUGCGGGCACUGCCUUUUAAGGCUUCCUUUCACCCUCGGGGGCCUUGGGUGCGUGACGUGAUCGCCAAAAAUGGUGACACUUAUGGCAAGGAUCAUGUGGCCAUGCUCAACCAAAUUGGGGCGGAGCUCACUAAGCUGUAG